AUGGCCAAGCGAACAGCGAUUGUCACAGGCUCGGCGCGUGGCAUUGGUGAAGCGAUAGUCCGCCGUCUCGCCGUCGAAGGAUACGCAGUAACCGUCAAUGAUGUCUCAGCCAACAAAGCAGGCAUCGACAAGCUGGUGGAUGAAUUGAACCAGACCCACGGCUCCGGGACGGCGAUCGGGGUGGUUGCAGAUGUGACUUCGUCGACGCAGGUGCAAAACCUGAUUCAAGAGUCGGUGGACAAGUUGGGCCCGUUACACGUCAUGGUCGCGAACGCAGGGAUCGCGCAGGUUGCACCGGCCCUGGACAUCUCGGACGAGGACGUACAGCGCAUGUUCAACGUCAACUUCAUGGGCGUGUGGCUUUGCUAUACGCACGCGGCACGGCAGAUGAUCAAGCAGGGCCCUGUGGCCGAGGGCAGCAGCUCCUACAAGAUCCUCGGCGCUGCCAGCAUCGUCGCGUUCAAGCCGUUCCCGUUGCUGGCGCAUUACAGCGCGUCCAAGUGGGCUGUUCGCGGCUUUUCGCAGGUGUUUGCGAUGGAAAUGGCCAAGCAUAAAAUCAACGUCAACGCGUAUGCGCCGGGGAUCGUCGGGACUGCUAUGUGGGAUGUCAUCGAUGAGAAGCUGGGCGAGAUCGAAGGUCGGCCCAAGGGCGAGACGGUCAAGAAAUACUCCACCGACUUGACUGCCCUCGGCAGAGUGAGUGUGCCCGACGAUGUGAGCAAUGUUGUGGGUGGCUUUCUCUGUUCUAAGGAUUCCGACUUCGUCACCGGUCAGACAAUUGUCGUCGACGGUGGGAUCGUGUUCACUUGA